UUAACUUAGUUUGUUUAACAAUGGCCAUGAAACGAUACAGAACUGCUGCAGCUCUAAUCGGGAUUUCCUAUUUGGUUGUUUUUCCGAACAUGGUGUUUGGAUUUGCCCCAGUUAGAUGGACUGUUGGAGGUGAAGAUGGUACGUGGGGGGAUCCAAAUUUUGAUUACCAAGCUUGGGCUGAUCACGUAAGAUUUUAUGCCGGAGAUGAAUUGCUUUUCAACUACGAUCCAACUUAUUCCAAUGUCGUCGUAGCAGUGUCCCAGGACGAUUUUGAUCAAUGCAUUUACGAACCAAAUUAUGGUGUCUAUUAUAGUGGCCAAGACACAUUGGUCUUGACUGAUGUUGGCAACUACUAUUUCAUGUGUGAAGGAUUAUGCGAAAGUGGCACGAAGUUCAUUGUCAGAGCCAAGCAAUUCGAAGGAAAUAAAUGAAUGCGCGUAGGUUCUUAUUCAUCUGUGUAAUCAGUUAGAAUAUGGACGACAUGCAUGAUCAUUCACACACCUUUGGAGAAGGAGAAUAAAUCUACGUACCCAGUGUUUGUCUCUGAAUUAUUGCUUGUUUCCAAACGUAUUCAAUGAUACCAGUCCUUGUACUCAGUUUGUUCAUAAGAAUACUGUAAUACUUGGCUCGCAAGUCGCAAGCCAUGAUUAGCCAGUAGCCAAGGCUAGCUGCCUCAAA